AUGAGGAUAGGCUGUCUGCAGUUUGCCCCGGUGAAGGGGGAUGUCAACAAUAAUCUAUCCAGGGCGGACGCUGUCCUCCUCAAGGAGAAUGUCGACGAUUUGGAGAGCCUGGAUCUCCUCGUGCUCCCCGAAUUAGCCUUUUCUGGCUACUACUACAAAUCUCUCCAGGAGAUCUUUCCCCAUCUGGAACCAACCGGUUCUGGUAUUAGCAGCCUCUGGGCUCGCACAGUUGCCUUGAAGUAUGGAUGUACUGUCGUCGUUGGCUACCCGGAAAAGGUAGACAUAUCCGACAAAUGGCCCGCGUCCCCUGAGUACUACAACUCCGCAAUCAUUGUGAAUCAGGACGGCGAGACGAGUGGAGGCUAUCGGAAAAGCCACCUGUACAGUAUCGACGAGACUUGGGCGCUCGAAGGACACGAUGGCUUCUUUUGUGGCGAUAUUGCGGGCGUCGAAAAUGCAGUCCUCGGCAUUUCGAUGGAUAUAGCUCCAUAUAAAUUCCAAACCCCUUGGAUAACUUACGAAUUUGCCUUCCAUGUCCUCAACGUCCAGUCCAAUCUUGUCAUUGUUACUUUGGCUUGGCCAACGAGUCAAGAUCACCAUCUCUUCAGCCGAUCACCCCAAGAACCGGACAUGGAAAGCCUAAUGUAUUGGAUGUCGCGUCUCGGUCCUCUCAUACACGAUGAAUCGGAAGAGGAAACUAUUGUCGUCUUUGCCAACCGAUGUGGGAGUGAAGACGGCAUUCUCUACGCUGGAACUAGUGCUGUUCUUGGCAUCUGCGACGGAGAGGUCAACGUCUACGGCAUUCUGGGAAGGCUGGAGAAAGAGAUCCUUAUCGUCGACACGGAUAAAGAGCCCUAUGGGAAACUUGUCUAUCGUCCCGAGGGUGCUGCUACCGGCGAUAAGGCUUUCUAUAGUAAAGAUCAGCAGGACGAAUCAAAAUCUCCCAGGGCAUCUCCGCAGCCGCCGCCGCCACCGCCACCACCCGCUCCUCCCCGCAAGGGAAUCGCAACAACCGAGCCUGUUGAGUCACAACCGCACGGGGACAAGACGUCAGCCGGGUCACCUUCGAGCAAAAGCCCAGAGAAAGCAACGCAGAAACGAGCCCGAGAACCGCCAAAGUUGUCUCUCGACACUGGUCCGAGCGUGACCGAGCCAGACCUUCCGAAUAUUCCAACCCCAACGGGCCCAAGUCCGACCCCGAUCUCUCGCCGCCCACGUUUGUCCAUCCCUCCAGCGGAAUCGUGGACCCAGAGGUACCUCGAUCAACAUCAUUUUGUGCCAACUCCGCAUCCUAAUGUGUACACUCCUCCCAUCCCAGGUCGGAUUUUUGGGGGAGAGGUCAUUAUUGCCCAACCCGCCAAGUCUGCCGAAGAGGACCGCCGUUUCAACUGGGAUGUCCAAGUGACUCCUUCAUCGACGCGAGUGGAAUACUCCCCUACUCAAACAGAAUCAACAAAUUUCACGGAGCUCAGUUCUGUACACACGGGGCGUGGAGGUGCAGCGGGCGGUGCAGCGGGCGCCUCCCACCAUAGAACGGAGUCGUCCCGUAGCUUGGGCGCACCUGCUCGAUUAUCUACGUUUGACGAGUCGGAGGAGAUGCAAGAAUCACUUCCUAAGGCAAGGACCUUAGAGCAGCUAGCCACCGACUAUGCCAAGCUGCAUAUGGAAGAGAUGAAGAAGAGACAGAUGUCAGGCACCCGGGGAUUUCAACAAGGAGGCCAGAGACCAUCCAGUUCAAAGGGAACCGAGCAACCCAAGCAAGACAAGCGUGCCGGCAAAGAAGGUCAGAGCUCCACUUCGCAUAGCCGCGUUCCUCCUGGCCAGGAUAUCGGGGACUCCCAAUCUCGCAGUUCAAACGAAUCCAAAUCGUCACGCGGAAAAGCAAAUGCCGGCAAUCCACGUGCUCGGGUGGAGGCCCAAGGCGAACCUGAACGAGGGCGAGGACCGUCAUCCGUAGGUGCAACCAGCUCCCCGAGGCCUAGGGUCCCUCGUGCUUCUUCGACUGAUAAAUUCAGAGAGGAGAGUCGCGGCAGGUCGAGACGCACUAGAUCAGACGACCCAGGAUCUAAUGCAGGCUCUGGCACCCCGAGUGGCCAGAAACAAUCAAAGAGAGAGGGAUCUGGUCGGGGCUCCUCAAAGACUGCCGCCGAGCCAAUCGAUCUUUCGCAGUUUCGGAUGAUCGAGGAGUACCCGUCCGAAGAUUGCCCUGUUCACGGCACUCGAUCACGGUCGAGAUCAAAUGAUCAGAAAAAUAGGAAACCCCCUUCCAAGGCUGCCCCACGCCACCGAUCAGUAUCCGCACGAGGCCAGAGAAAUAACAUGCGAAUGCCUGUUCUAAAGUCGAACGUCCAAAAAGCCCAAUCCGGAGCACGAAAGCCAAAUGGCCAGCCUUCUGACGUCUCUCACCCAGAUGACGAGGCGAGGCCGCAUUCAGCCCUAGAAACUCGCCACGAUUUUGAGGACCUGCUUGAGUCCUAUGCCAUGAUGGACAUGACAAUGCCCCCACGAAGUGUCAGCACAAAACACUACCCUCCCUGGGAGGGUGAUCGAAAAGCAUGGGUGGAUGAACGACUGAAUGCUCUCUCUAAAUCUGUCCCACCCGUUUCUCCGCCGCCUCGCCGUCGAAUGGUCUCUGAGCUCUCCAAGAAGGAACCUAUGACCCCUCAGGCCAUGCUCAUAGUGUAUGAUCCGGUCGAGGGGGAUAACGACAACGUGAGCCUAGCUGGACAAACUCUCAAAUGCGUGGCCAAGACCCCUGCACCAACGAAGAAGCCUUGA